GAGCCGGCCGGUGGUCCAGCCACGUCUCCGUCCUCUUCUUCGUCGUCCCGUUUUGUCCCACGCUUCCCUCGUUCCUCCUUCUCCCUUCCAUUCUUCUUUUAUACGACCGACUCUUGUUCCUCUUCUGAUCGCUUUUUUUCUCUUCUCAUUUUAUCGCCAUCCGCCUCCGUUUUCGAACCGCUCGUGCACCGCUGCGCGAUCCCGCCGCGACGGACCGUGGCGGAUUCCGUGGACGCCGCUCGAGCGCGUCUCGCGGAAACGCGCGCGAUACCGUUUGAAACCGAAACGAGAAAAUCGGGUUCGACUAGUGCUCGUACGUCCUGGAGAAUUCUGUGACGCGAGUGAAAUUGUUCGAGGAUUCGUUUUCGACGGCGGGGGGGUUGGAGGAAGUUGCCCACUGUCGAGGAUGGUGCAACAACGCCUGUGCGAUUUGUUUCGAUGACGUGAUGCCUGAUCGUCACUGGAUACUGGAUUGAGAGUCUCCAAGGAACUGUCUUUCUGACUGAUGUUCACACAGUGUUCAAGUAGAACCGAAGAAGCGGCCGGUGGUCCCGGUUUACCGUGAUCGCGAUAAUCCGUGGAUCUCGACGGAAUUUUCAACGGCGGCGGUUGUAGGACACGCGCGAAAAUGUCGGGCAGCGACAUCAAGCAGGGAACAGACGGCUCGCAGGACCGGCGUGAACGGUUUACAUCGAGAGAUUAAAGAACAUCGAAUGGACGUGGGCGAUUUGUCGAGCUCGGCAGGAUUGGCUGGGAGUGGAUCCAUCCCUGGAGCAACGGGUGUUGGUAUCAUUACAAGCACGACAUCCGCCACCGCAGGGUGGUGGACGCCUACGUCGACGAUCGCAUCGGCAGCGGCCAACACCGACGUGAUGAAUCAGCUCUGCAGGGUCUGCGGAGAACCGGCCGCGGGUUUUCACUUCGGGGCCUUCACGUGCGAAGGUUGCAAGUCGUUUUUCGGCCGCACCUACAACAAUCUGGGCAGCAUUUCCGAAUGCAAGAACGGCGGCGUGUGCGUGAUCAAUAAGAAGAAUCGCACCGCCUGCAAAGCCUGCCGCCUGCGGAAGUGUCUGAUGGUUGGCAUGUCCAAGUCUGGCUCCCGGUACGGACGUCGUUCGAACUGGUUCAAGAUCCACUGUCUGCUCCAAGAACAGUCGCAGCAGGCGCAGACGCGUCUCAUCAAGGACCCCAAGUCUGCGUACGAGAAGGCGUUCGGCUCUCUGGACGUGGCGAACAACAACAAUAAUAACAACGACAACACAGGCACUACGAGUGCAUCCGUCGUGGGGAUGGUCACGACGACCACCACGACGGCGAACAGUUACCAUCACCAUCACCAUCAUCAGCAGGACAGGUACCCCAAGAGGGAAGACGUGGUCCUGAGGCCGCAAGACAUCUCCGCGCAACUGAGGACGUCGGAUAUGCCCAUUAGACCCGGUCAGGAUCCUCUCUUGAGGCCUGUGGAUCUGGUGAGGGGGCCCCAUGAGCUGCUCAGGCCAGAGGUGUCCAGGUUUCCCAUGUGGAGGAGUCCACCGUUUUUCCAUCCGGCUCUGACGCACAUGCAGCUACUGAACACUCCGUUCUUCCCGUUCCAGCAGCGGUUCAUCGUCCCCUACGUUAACCAGGUCGGCGCCUCGCAGAUGGUGGCGAGUCUGACCAGUUCCUCCAGCGACAGCGUCAGCCCCAGAUCGACGCCGUCGCCGAAGAGGGACGAGGAUAACAGAAAUUCCCAGGACGGAUGCGUGGACGGCGAUGGGGGCUGCCAAAGGACCCAGGUGGAGGCUGCGUACGACAAGAGUCUAGCAUUCUUACGAUCCUUGGGCCCUGAACAGGACGAGCCGAUCGAUCUGAGCAUGAAGAGCGGGCCAACGGAGGUUCAGGAGGUGAACGCGGCCAGUACGGAAGAGGAAAGGUCGACGGACAGCGAGGACGAGCUUCUACAGGACACUGGUCCACCUCUCGAUCUCACUAGGAAGACAUGACCGUGGAGCAACACGGACGGCUCUCGAUAGGAACGAGACUUGCUCUGGCCAGAGUGGCUCGAAUGGAAUCGCUGCUUCGGGCGUUGCUCGAGAUCCACUGGAGUACGGCGGUUUUCGCAUGGGGACCUUGUUCCCCUUUCACGGAGUACGAAUGGAUUCUGGAUGCUGGAAUGUACGAUGAAAGGGUGGUCCUGGGAAGGGAAAAAUGGUAGAUGUUAUUGGAGGAAGUAAAAAAUUGAAACGUAUAAACCUGGGAAGGUACAAAGCACAGGAUGAAGCUAGGAGAAGAGGAGCAUCCCGAGAGAACCGUGAAUAGACGAAUAUUUAAAAAAGAAGCAGAAAUCCGGAGGACUUCUGGAGGAAGUGAUAAAUUGACUGUGAGAAGAAGGAAGAUCCUCCCGGAGGGGAGUGGGACAGCAGCAAAGAGGGAUCACACGGCGAGGAGACAGCGCGGAAGAGCGGACGUCACGAACCGCAUGCAGCCUCGCACAAAUGACUUUACGAUCGACGAUCGGAUCGACGUAAAAUUGCUCAAGUCCUCGGUAUUAACCGACAUCGGUUCCUUUGGUCGAGCGGAGCUCCGCCAGGUGCUCGUCGACGGAGUGGCCGAAGAUCAACUCGAUACAUCCUUUCGCAGCGUGAUGUACGACGAACGGUUGUGCCUUAACCGGUGCCUUUGAGCUCCACCAUCGAGUGAGAGAGUGCCAGUAAAAACCACGUGAUAGUUUAACGUUAAAUAAUAACCGCGGCGCGCGUGCGCUAUUCGCUGACGCAUGUACGCGCGCGUAGAACAUAUACGCGAGUCCGUCUUUUCGAAAGAGUUACGAGUCCAUUUUGUCGAAAAGGGGAGUUUCUGCAAGCAACGAUUGAAAAAAGUAUGUUCAUUUUCUUACACCUUAUCUCACAUUUCAUCACUGUCCUUUUAUAUUUUGAAAUGGGCUUGUAUUACUUUCUUCGUGAACAAUUCGUGUAUAUGUUUGUACGCGUGGUGCGUCUAUCGCGUGAGCGCGUGUGCAGUCGAUUAGAGUGCUCGAGAGGCUGCCGGAAGUCCUGGUGUGUCUCUCGGCGCUCGGGAAUGGCCAGUGUUUUGUUAAGCCGCCUUCGCAUCGAGUUUUUCGAUUUAUUUAUGUCCCUUUAUUUAACGCGGACCAGUCACUCGUGGCUAGUAGCGUCGCGAACAAUGGUGUGCUCGCUAGAUCAUCCCCUGUGUAAAAUAUUUAAUUUCGAGAUGCCAGAAGUAUAAGGAUAUUUGGUGAUUAAUUUUCUUUCAUUCUACAUGCUAUUAAAUUUUCAGUCUUCCAAGAAAUUGUAUGAUAAUUUGAACGAGUGUACGAAUGGUGCAAAUAUUCUUCCACGUUAAACGUGCUUAUCAGCGAAACGGUCCAGUACGAAAUGGCAAGGUAAAAGAAGGAUCGAGAAGCAGGGGUCGAUUACGAUCGAGCGAUACGCGUGCAAAUACACCAAGUGUUCGUCGAAAGAAUACGAAGUAAAAUAAAGAAUAUUGUAUAGCCGAUACGUGGCGCCUU